AGAAAAUAUAAGCAGAAUGCACACAUAUCCGAAUGAAGACCAAGUCCUAGUCUGAGUCGAAGGUGCACUCUAUUGUUGUUUGUUGUAGGUACCGAUAAUGGAAAGUAAGGCGCGCAGUUGCCUAGUUAGUACCAUCUCGAUGAUCUCUCACCCCACACUCCUCAACCCCAUAUAACCACCAACACCCCAACACGCAAGAUGUUCGACAAAAUCCGCGGCAAAUCUUCCUCCGGGCAUUCCAAAGGCGACUCUACAGAUUCCACCAAAGACACUUCAUCUUUCGGACCCCCACCACCCGCCUACACAGCACCAUCUGCAUCGCAACCCCCACCCAAUCAUCCCGUACAAACACACUUCGCAUCACUAUCCCUCCACAAAGAAGACCGCCUCCGCUUUCUGCGCUUCCCCGAACCCAUCAUUUCCAAGUGUCGCGCAACAGUCCUAUCAACUUGGCCGCUGGGUAUCAGCAAAGAGCAACCCUACGCAAACAGCCAUGAGUUCAAACUAAACGGCUACCCAUGGCGCGGCUACGGCAAAGAAGGCGUUGAAGCGCGACGCCUGAUGAACGGCGUACUAGCCACGCUGCAUGCAGCAGGUUGGCUCUUGACGCUCAACACCGACAUCAGCAAAUCCGCAAUGGACAAGGACACCCUUCUCUUCCGGUAUCAGAACCCACUUCCUGCGCAUCACGAAUGGUGUGUUAUAGCCUUCAGUCGCCAGGAUCGCCUUCGUUUCAUCGACGCACCAGCUUCGCUGUAUGAAGCCUUCCCGGCUCGUGUGGGAGCGAAUUGGAUCUCGGAGUCUGGCUUAAAGGAGCAGGGGGUUUGGGAGUACAAACUCAGAGGCUAUCCGUGGCAGGCUAGUGGGGAGGAGACGAUGCAGGUGAGGGAGCUGUUGAUUGUAUUGGUGGAGUUGUUGGAGGAGGAGGGGUGGAGUGUGUAUGCUAGUAUUGAUCAGAAGAGCAGUGGGGGGCAGGGGGUUAGUGAGACGGAUACUUGGCAUUGUUGUAGGGUAAAGGGAUGGGAGAAGGGUAUGCCGGUUUAUAUGAGGUGAGGUGAGGUGAUCGCCAUGCGCGAGUGAACACGUAGUGCGAUGAAGACCUUCUGAACCGAUGCACGAAAUGCAUACUCAGAAGCAGGUACA